ACUCUGUUCAUUCGCGACGUAGGCGCGGUGCGGGCAGGUUUGCAGUCGGGGGGUUCACCACACACCGCAGCAAACCCCGGUAACACACGCCUCGGGGUUUCAACAAGGGGGCACUGGAACCGGCGCAUAUGACGUAAGCAGCCAGUAAAGAAGAGCAGACGACAAAUCUUCAACCGGUUGCAGACGACAAAAAAUUGUGCACUUCGGCAGAACAACUGUGGUUUUGCUGCGCAACGUCUGAGAAGAUACGCUACAUUUGUGCGACAUCGAGCGGUAUUUUAACAUUCCCGGAGGUGUGAAUAGAAAGGCUAAAAAACAUGGCCGAGGCAACGCAAUACUCGGAGGUACCGCAGAGCGACCAGCAACCCAAGCCCGGCUCUCCCACCAAGGCCGGUGAUACCGAUGUGGUAUGCCUGAAACCUAAAAUGAGUUUGCUCAACGGUAUUACCGUCAUCGUCGGCAGCAUCAUCGGUUCGGGUAUCUUCGUGUCACCGCGUGGAGUCCUGGCCAACACCGGUAGCGUCGGAGCGUCUCUCAUAGUAUGGGUUGCGUGCGGCAUCUUUUCCAUGAUCGGUGCUUACUGCUACGCCGAACUGGGAUGUAUGAUCACCAAGACCGGUGCCGACUACGCCUACAUCAUGGAGGCGUUCGGUCCCUUCGUGGCCUUCCUCCGACUCUGGGUGGAGUGUAUGAUCGUGCGUCCCUGCUCGCAGGCCAUCGUGGCCCUCACCUUCUCCUUCUACGUGCUGCGGCCCAUAUUCCCCGACUGCGACCCCCCGGACCCCGCGGUCAGGGCACUCGCCUUCGUCUGCAUCGCACUGCUGACCUUCGUCAACUGCUGGGACGUCAAGUGGUCAACGCGCGUCCAAGAUUUCUUCACCUACGGCAAGCUGAUCGCCCUGGCCACCAUCAUCAUCACCGGAGUCGUGCAGCUCUGCUACGGACACACCGAGCACUUCAACUUCGAGAACACAGAGACUGACGUCACCAAAAUAGCGCUCUCCUUCUACUCAGGGUUGUUCGCUUAUAACGGCUGGAACUACUUGAACUUCGUCAUUGAAGAGCUCAAAGAUCCUCACAGGAACCUCCCGUUGGCCAUCUUCAUCUCGUGCAUCCUGGUCAUGGUCGUGUACACGUUAAGCAUCGUUGCCUUCCACACCACACUGUCCGUGCAGGAAGUGCUCGGAGCUGAGGCCGUCGCUGUGACCUUCGCUGAAAAGCUUUACGGAUACAUGGCCUGGAUUGUGCCUGUGUUUGUCGCCCUGUCCACGUUCGGUGGCGUCAACGGAAUCCUCUUCACCUCAUCACGUCUUUUCUACGCCGGUGCCGAACAGGGUCAGAUGCCCAGACUUCUGUGCAUGAUCUCAAUAAACCGGCUGACACCGUCGCCUGCUGUCCUUGCUAUGUGCCUGCUGUCGCUGGUGUACCUGUGCAGCAGCGACAUAUUCGCCCUAAUCACGUACGUGGGCUUCGCCACCUGGCUCGCCAUUGGGCUCGCUGUGGCCACGCUGCCGUACUUCCGCUGGAAGGCACCGAACCUCAAGAGACCCAUCAAGGUUAACCUUAUCUGGCCCAUAAUCUACCUGAUCGCCACCGUCUUCAUCACGAUUGUACCCAUGAUUGCGGAACCCGUGCAAACUGGAUUCGGAGCCCUGAUCAUUGCCACUGGAGCACCCGUUUACUUCGUCUUCGUCUACUGGAAAAACAAGCCGCGGUGGAUCCAAGGAACAUUCGACAGCGCUACGGUAUUUUUACAAAAGAUGCUCGUAGUGGUGGCCUCCGAAAAGCCCAAGGACGUCUAGGCGCACCUGGUUCUCUUGGAAGGAGCACUUCAUCAACCGCCCACCUGCAUCCCAUCUGCAAGGGUGCUCAAAUGUCGUCUUUGUCAUCGUCGCAAAAAAAAGCACUGUCACCGAAGGGAAACCAUUGGACACCAUUGCUCGCUCUCGACUUGAUCGCAACCGCAACAAAAGAGAGAAAACAAAACUGAAACAAAAAAUCAAAGACACAGAACUGCUUACAAAGAAGUCAAAUGAAAAAAAAAAGGCUGAUGGAGUGAAUCGAAACAAAAGAGGGUUAUAAUAUAAAACACAAUAGCACUGUUAGCGUUAAGGAGAACCGUGAAACGAAAUGCCUCGCUGUAACAGAUCCCUGGUUCACCACUGAGGUUCUUUUCCUGAGCAUUAUGGCAGAACAUCUAAAGAUACGGGACAGUGAACACACAGGACACGUAUUUGUAUGUCCCUUAUUUUGCGCUCUUAUGCUAUAAUAUUCGUGAACCAACCAGCCCAUGUAAGAAGCCUUGCACGUUACAUUUUCCCCCUACUUUUGCGAUAGGGUGCGAUAUUAUUUUAUCUCAUUUACGAAAGGACAAAUACGUUCAUUGUAUGAAUGCGCUGAUCAUAGAGACGUGCAUCUAUUCUGCAGUGUUUAGCUUUUCUGCAGAUAUUUUUACGUCUGCCUAGCUUAGAUGCACGAAUUCGUAUAGUGGCAUGGCGGCGAAAGAAGUCACUUUGUUAUCCGAUGAACGAACCUGUGACAAAACGGAAGUACAUAUUAAAAAGAAACGGCGAAUGUUUCUUCUGCGUGUCGGUUGGGUGAGAAGAAAAUCUAAGUCGAUCUCACGUUAUAUGAUUCGGAAUCUUGAGGCACAGAGGUGCGAUUCUCAGUCCCGCAAACUUGUGUUCACACAUGUCUACACCAAAGUCUGGAAGGUGAUCCCUUGUUGCAGUUACGUAUGGUCUUGACUUGACACAAUUCAUUCACAAGCUUUAAUGUUGCCAUCUUGAUUUAACACAUAAAUCGUAUACGUAAAGGUCCAGAGACAACCCCACUUGGUGUGGUCGACUCCACGACGCGGAUUAGCGGCUCUGUAAUGUACAGUCACGGACAUUUGAAGUAGCAACAGGUUAUAGGAAUAGGCUUUACUAAAACGCGUUCUUUCGUUCUUGUUCCAGCCAGUGCGCGUAAAAUAGGCGUCAUUUUGGCUUGCACGUCUAAUUUGAGGUCUGGACGAUCUUUAGCAACCAUGUGUUGGUGGUCCUAGAUGGUGCUCUGGAGUGAUAACCCUCAAAAUCCGUUAUAUUUGAUCAUUUCUUGUUACGGUUCAUUGGUCCAUGACUACUUCUAAAGAAAAUAUGUAAUGGUCUACCGAACUUAUCGGUCUCUUAGAAUUCAGUGAUCUGCGACAGCGAGGCAGGCCGUACAAGUACAUAUAUAUAUAUACACUGUGUGUGAGUGUGUGCGUGUGUAGGUAGAAACGUGUGUACAUAUAAGCCGGUAUGCUCGUGAAACAUAUUGCACGUAUAUAUUUUUGUAAUUAAAAUAUUAAGUUUGCAGAAAAAAAAGAUACUUUGAGGAGAUGUUCCGAAUGUCUUUCAGUACCAAUGCUUCCAUGAACACGCGUAGGAACAAAAUAUAGGAGUGGUAUCUUAGGACGUCGGAGGAUAGCUCUUUCGGAUGCCUGGCACAUAUCGAAUAUUUGCAAGAGUUUCUUGGUUAUUUUUUUUUUAUUUUUGUCAUAUUGUAUAAUUGGUUCAGAUUUGGACUGUAAACACACACGCGGUGAUCUUAUGACGUCAUUGGAUAGUCUUGUAACUUAUUUGAUUCAAAGCAUCUUGCAGAGAAGUUGGGCUCUGAGAAGGUGUAAAUGGCACUAGCAAGAAACCUUUCAUGUUCACUUUCUACGCAAGCUUUCAUUUGGAGGAAUUGAUUAGACUUUGCUGGUUAAACGUGAAGUCGCUGGUUAAACAUUAGUUGCUUGAGUACGAAGCAACUAUUGCAUUGUAUGGGAUCACUGCAUUAGGAACAGAUCCUUGCUGCACUAAGACUGAGUCUGAGUUCUCAGAAGUAUUUGUAACUUUGCAAAGAGUGUCCUUGAAAUGAUUACAUUUUUGUGCUCAUGCACCUAAGUAGCUUAAUCAAAUGUCAUCUGUUACGUACCUUGCAAAUAUACGUUCAUGUUUUGUAUUUAUAAUGGACUCAAGGAUCCGAGUUCAUCAUGUUAUGGCGUUCUGACACUUGGUACACUCGAACCUAACACCAUGGAGGAUCUGUUGCCAGGGGACGUCACGACACUGUGAUGUCACAAAACUCUAGAAUGGCGAUUUGCCUUCUCACGGCCGAUCUUUGUGCAGUAACUGUCACUUCUGAAGAAGCGUGAAUGUUAGGCGCAUGAUUUUCUUCUAUUUUGUUAUCACACAUGGUACUGCAUUUACAGGAGCAGUCGCAAUUGCCUAGGAACAAGCCAGGCGUGCGUAGUGAAAAUCGUACUUUGUCGAUACUCGUAAAUGAAUUCAAAAUCAAAUGGUUCCUGACCUUUUAUGACGUGGACGGUUAUGAAUUACCAAAUUCUUGCGCCUUCCCCAGGCUUUUAGUGACAUGUUGGGCAACACGCCUUGCUUUUCUUGGGAGUUCUGACUGAUACCGAAUGUGUGGUUUCAAUUUCACUGUACGGCUUUGUUUUUGUUUCAUGGACGGUGCAAUACGUGCGAUCAAAGAAUAAUUUCCUACAUAUGUAUUGUUUUUGAGAAAUGUUCGACUUCGAGUAGACAUGGUAUGCAUUUCUUCUGCACAGACAAAAGAACAUCAACACAAAAACUAAAAUUGCACAAAUCAUCGAUGUUUACAAUGUCAGUCCGGAUGUAGUUGGGUCACCUAACGGCCUAGCUAGUUUUUCUGUACUGCACUCUUUGAAUAGGCCAUUCGCGGAGAGGAAACUGAAGAACGUCAGUUCUUAUGGUUAAUUCUAAGGCACAAAUAAAAACAAAGGGCAGAGUGUUCUCGACUAAGUUUAUUAGAAGAGCAACGAAAUGAAAUAUGCGAUCUGUUUUUGUCUUCUGAUUGUCAUUACAUUUCUGUUAACCCAUUAAGAAAUAUUAUGACAAAUAAUUGUCGUUGUGCAUUAGAUUGUAACUCUUAUGUGUUCAAAGGUACCUCGCUGAAAAUGGUGCUAAAUGCUUCAAUUUACGACAUAAAAUUAGAUGACGGGAAUAAUGGCUGAUGCCUCCCACUAAAGUCAGUUUUUUACUGUGAAGAAGUCUUGCUUUCACCGAAUUUUACAAAUGGGGCUCAAGAAGAAUGUUAAAACACAGCUAUUUACUUUUUUUCAAUAUUUUCGUUUUUGCAAGCCAUUACUCUAUGUUUCGAAAAUUAUGCUUAUAUCUUUUUUUCAUAAUAUAAAUAUUCGCAAUAUCUGCGGCAACAUCAUCAACGAAAUUCCCUUACAACGUUACUAAUGUAAGCAUGAUAGAAUUUGCACUGUUUUUGUUAGGUAUAUACAUCAUGAACUAUUUGCCAAAAUUCGUGUUGUCUUUCGUAAGGUCCUCUGUUUUGUUAUUAUUUCAGCAUCGAGGGCCCCGUCAAUGUUGGCAGCUACGCAGAAUGGUUUUCGGACUCGCAGCGCAAAGCGACAUUGAAUGAAGUGCAUGCGAGUCCUCACGCACGCAAAACUUGGUGACGUAGUAUGACGUACACGGUUGAAUCCAAGAUGGCGGUGAUGUUUGAACAGCAACAAACUUUGAACGGUGUACAAUUUACACGGCUGUGCUCGGUGACCGUUGGCUACAAAGUGGCCGUUUCACGUUUUUUUUUCUUUUUGUCCUUGAAGUUCUUCAUUUAUGCUGUAUCAUUACGGGACGCGUCCCUGAAUUUCAUUGCGCAUGCGCAGCUCUAAGAUACAUGAGUAACUCGCUGAAGGAAAGGUGUGAAAGUAUCGAUAAGUGACGACAUCAUUGUUCUCGAUAUAGAAAAAAAAAGGCAUUAAAAUCUUUUUUUAUACCUGU